AUCCCGCCCAUGGACAGCUCCGACGGCUUCAAUCCCGAAUUCACCAGCAUAUCCGACCCCUCUCGGGACGGCACCGCUGCCGCCUCGCCGCGCGACGAGACAGCGCCCACGUCGCCGGAACAGCGGACUGCGCCCCACGAUGCGCAGACGCAGCAGCGCGUCAGCGAGAUCCUGCACUCGGACGUGGGAGUUUCGACGCUGCUGAACCGCCUCAAGGCCAGCAUUGCGAGUGUCAGGGACUUUGCCAACUUCCUCAAGCGCCGCGGCGCCCUCGAAGAAGAGCAUGCGAGCAGCCUCAAGAAACUCAGUCGUCUGGGGCUCGAUAAUGUCCGCAAGCCCGAUGCGCGCCACGAGAGUUACCAGGCGCAGUUCGAGCAGGUCCUCCAUGCCAACGAGCGCAUUGCCGAUAAUGGCACCCAGUUCGGCCUCGCCCUGCACGCCAUGCAGGAAAACCUCCUGCAGCUAGCCAACAAGAUGGACGGCAACCGCAAGACAUGGAAGACGCAGGGCCUUGCCGCCGAGAACAAGGUGCUGGACGCCGAACGGCUGGCGGAGAAGGCAAAGGCCAAGUACGACCAGCUGGCCGAAGACCUCGACCGCGUCAAGACGGGCGACACGGGCGCCGGCAGAAAGUUUGGCCUCAAGGGCCCCAAGUCGGCCGCGCAGCACGAGGAGGACCUGCAGCGCAAGACUCAGGCUGCCGACCAGGACUAUGCCUCCAAGGUGCAGACGGCCCAGGCCUUGCGCAAAGAGCUGGUGGCCACUACGCGGCCUCAGGCCGUCUCUGCGCUGCUGGACCUGAUCAAGGAAACCGAUGCUGCGCUCACCAUGGAGAUGCAGAAGUUUGCGUCAUUCAACGAGAAGCUCGUGGUCAACAACGGCCAAGUUGUGACACCCCAGCCGCUCAAGGGCAGCACCGCCCACACGCCACCCAGCAUCAACCAGAUCAUCUACCAGAUCAACAACGAGCGAGACUUUGACGAGUUUGUCUUGAGCCAGGCCAACAAAGGCCCGCUGUCCAAGGCAGAGCUACAGUACGUCAAGCAUCCGACCCAGACGCCCACACGAUCUCAUCCGGCGCCGCCAGUGGGGACUAGUCGUCCCUCAAUACAGCUGCAGACGCAGGCGCCUCCACCGUCCUUCCCACCGCCACAGCCCGACGCCAACCCUACUUCGCCCCUACAGCAAAGCGCGACACACUCGGAGCCUCCGCAUCAGCCCUCCUUUGGCAGUUUCUCGCAGCCGCCGCCUUCCGCGCCGCCUCAUCAACCACCACCGGCUCAGGCAGCGCCAUAUCCCACUUCCCCCUACUCUCCCGUGAACCAAGCGCCUUAUGCACCGGCGGAAUAUCCGCGAGGUUCGGGCGGCCAGGCCACAGCACAGCAGACUAGCGGUGUGCUCUACAACAGCAGCCAGCCCCCAGUCAAUCCCGUCUUUGGUGUCGGCCUAGAUGAACUGUUCCGGCGAGACGGCUCACCCGUGCCCAUGGUAGUCUACCAAUGCAUUCAGGCAGUAGACCUCUAUGGAUUGGAGGUAGAGGGCAUCUAUCGCAUUCCAGGAACCUCGUCACAUAUCCAGCAAAUGAAGGCUCUGUUCGACAGUGAUGCCUCGCAAGUGGACUUUCGCAAUCCCGAAGCAUUCCAACACGACGUCAAUAGUGUGGCAGGGUUGUUGAAGCAGUUCUUCCGCGAGCUGCCAGAUCCACUUCUCACGCGCGAGUUCUACAACAAGUACAUCGAUGCAGCACGAAUCGACGACGAUACCAUGCGCCGAGACUCGAUGCAUGCUCUGAUCAAUGCCUUGCCCGACCCAAACUACGCCACGCUUCGUGCUAUUUCCCUACAUCUGCACCGAGUCCAACAGUCGUCGGAGAUUAAUCGCAUGAGCACUGCAAACUUGGCCAUCUGCUGGGCACCAUCGAUAAUGGGUCCUCACAAGGGCAACAACAUGGCUGACGCUGGGCUGCAAGCCCGUGUUAUUGUCACCAUUCUCGACAACGUGCUCCAGAUAUUCGACGAGGACUAGACGAGCUGAAGAGCACAUCGUACCAACAAUGUCAGUCAAGAAAAAUGGUUGGCUUGCUGCAAGUGCCACGGCUUGAACUUGAUCGUACUCUGCAGCCGUCUACAUGCUGUACGCACGAGACUGCAUGACUGCGCUGUGGUACACACAUAUCGAGCUGUGGGGGGCGACGAGGAACACAGCAAGUAUUGGCCGCCACUGCAAGGCCAUAUUGUAAAUAGAACAGCCCUCCGCUGGCAACAGGGUCGGCGCCGCCAGUGUUUAAUUCGGUGAGGGCUCCGUACUUGGGAGCGGGUACAAUGUGUGGUGGCAUCGAUUGGCUGGGAAAGUUUAAGUAGACCAGAUGACUGUGUGCAGGUCAGCACCGGUCGUGGCAAAGUAAUGGUUAGGAGAGUUUUGCAAGCGGACGUACACGUAGAAUGUGAUAGGAAGAUCGGCAAUGCACUAUGGCCGAGCACGC